AUGGACCGUUCACUGAACCAUCCUCCUCCUCUCCCGACUCCCCCUGCUUCCGCCGCCUCUCCUGCACCCAGCACCGCCUCGUCGGGGACCCGAACAUCUUCCCUCCCAACCCCGCGUUCGCACCGUCUGCAGCCCGGGUCACAGAAAGAGAUUGCCCUGAUCAAUUACUUGGACGAUCGCAUCCUGAAGGUCACACGCAGAUAUGCCAAAAAGUUCAGUCACGAGGGGCUCGAGAAAGACGACACGCCCGGCUACACCACCUACGAUGAGUUUGUGGCCGACGUGGAUCCGCUCGUGGAUGUGGUUUGGAUCAGUGGCACGCCGACCAUCCAGAUCCCGUACCUCCUGUCUCUCGCCGGGCUGGCUUGUUCCUAUCUCCACGCCUUCCCCUUCUCGACCUCUGUGUUUGCUCUCACGAGCAAGAUCGAUCAGGGUUUCGCGACUCUGUUACAGCCUCCAGAGAACGGCACUGUCCCAACCACCGCGCCUUACCACGUGUCGAUGACGGAAAAAGUUCGCAUCAAAUCGCUCAUUGAGGAGACCCGUGUCGCUGCUGUGAAUGCGGCUUCUGGCAGUGGUCACGACGCUCGCGUACACGACCUGUCUGAGACGGAGACCGAGGACGACGACAAGGACCCGGAGGAAGACGACGAUCAGCCGCAGAACAUGUCUAUAUCCCUAGGGCUAUCGAGGAUAUACAGAAGAACUAUGGAAAUCCUGGGUGAUUCGCUGGUCGCUGAUACCCUACCUCAAGCUCGGAGCAAUGGCUAA